AUGUCUGCCUUUCGAGGCGCUCCGUCUGGUGUCUUCGAACUUCAGCAAAGCAAUUCCUUCCGAGGUUCGCAGCCCGCCAAACAAGAAUACGCGUUGGAACAGGACGAUGCCGGAGCUUCUAUGAAUGAUGUGUCCCAAGGGAUCAGUGACUACGAGGAGGAAGAGGUGGACCAAUCCGUGCGUGAGGACAUGAACAAACUGGAGGAUACCUUCCCAGGGAUCUCGGACAGAUUUCGACUAAUCAAUCGCAUCGGAGAAGGGACGUUCUCCACUGUUUACAAAGCGGAAGAUCUACUCUACGAUCACUAUCGCAACGACUGGGACGUUUUCGGGGAGGCGCAACAACAAGAGACAUGGACAAGCCCUCCAUCGAAACGAAGAAGAGUCGACGGAGAACCCGGCAGACGCACGCAAGCCCGAUUUGUGGCACUGAAGAAGAUCUAUGUCACGAGCAGCCCAAUUCGGAUUCAAAAUGAGCUCGAAUUGCUCCAUGACCUACGCGGCUGUAGAUCCGUGUGUCCUCUGAUCACUGCAUUCCGAUUUCAGGACCAGGUUGUUGCGGUCUUGCCAUACUUCCCGCACACCGAUUUUCGUAUCCAGUAUCGCACGUUUAUGGUGGCAGACAUGCGCCAUUACCUGCGAUCAUUGCUAGUGGCAUUACAUUCGGUCCAUGAACAUGAGAUCUUGCACCGAGAUAUCAAACCAACGAAUUUCCUCUACAACCCUGACUUGAAACAAGGCGUGCUCGUCGAUUUUGGACUUGCAGAGCGUCAGGGCUCCGAAUACACGAGCCCAUGUCUAUGCACCCAUCAAACCUACGUUCGCCGCAGCCGGAUCUUGUCCAGUUACUAUUCAAAAAACCCUCCGUCUGGAGGUCUAUCAGCCGGCUACCCGAAAAAUGACUCUCGCCCAUCUAGGCGAGCGAAUCGUGCUGGAACUAGAGGUUUCCGCGCACCAGAGGUCCUAUUCAAAUGUACAUCCCAGACCACCAAGAUUGACAUGUGGUCAGUCGGCGUGAUUUUGUUGACUUUGCUCGGACGCCGAUUCCCCUUUUUCAACUCAGCAGACGACAUCGAUGCUAUGAUCGAAAUGUCGAGCAUCUUUGGCACGCGGCGCAUGAAAACUGCUGCAGCCAUGCACGGACAGAUCUUCAAGACCAAUAUUCCCACUAUUGGAGAAAAAGGGUACAGCUGGGAGAAGCUAGUGAAAUGGUCAAGCUGUGUCGAAGACUUGACCGAGAGUGAGCAACAGGCGACACGACUUCUAUCCGGCUUGAUGGAGCUUGAUCCAUCGAAGCGUCUCAGUGCCGAGGAAGCCUUGCAGCAUGAAUUCUUCACUAACCCUAUUCAUCAUGAUGUGGAAUGGGGUGGUCACCCGGAAGAAAGUGCCGAGUCGGGCGAGGAUGAAGAUGGCGGAGAGGACGAGGUCGAUGAGGUCGCUAUGUUAUGA